CAACUUUCAGUAUGCGUUGUGUAGCACUUGUUCUUCUUGUGGCCGUAGGCAUCUCUCAGGCUGCCUUCCUCCUACCGUACACCCUUCCAAGUGAUGUUAUCCAAACAAUUGCAACCAAGGAAACUCGAAAGAGCAAUACGUGCCAAAAUAUUCAGCUGAACUAUUGCCAGAACCAAUUCAACACUUUCCUCGGAAUCGACGACGCAAUUACUUGGCGUGAUGGAUCAUCAUUUUUCGAAGCUGUGGAGUCGUAUUUGGAUAUGAAUGUGACUGAGCUCAUGAAAGUUUGCAACGUCCGCACUCAAUUCUACCAGUGCCUGGGAAGCAGCUACUACUCGUGUAUCAAUCUUGAAUAUCUCGCCGGACAAUCAAAUUCUGACUUGGGAAAUGCCUUCGACUACGUCAAAACCUUCCGCGGACUCGAGUGGAUGUGCAGCGGCGGUUAUCGUGAAGUAAUCAAUCACUGGAGCUGUCUUAAGGAUUUCCCAUCCUCCGAUUCCUAUAAAGCCUGCACUCAAACCUUCAAUUCAGCAGUUUCUACCUCCAACUACUGCCCAGCCGUCGAACAAGCCGGAGCCUGCUUGAGUAAUGCUUAUCACGCUACUUGCGGAGCCAACGCUGGACACUACGGAUGCAAGAAUUUCAAUUCGGCUUUUGACACCUCGUGCUCCGGACUGAAGUGCCUUUUGGACAAGGAUUAAAUUUUUUGAAUUAAGAUCUUCUGGAAUAAAUUUUUUGAGCA